GUCGUGAAGCAGACAGAUUAGGGACGAAGGCUGCUAAAAGAAGGCGGCAAAGAUGGCGAUGCCAAAGAUUCUUGGGGGGAUUACCCAUGCUUUGAGUCUUAGCAGCUGGGCCCAGGCUGGAAGGUUACUAGUAUCUUGCAGUGUUCCUCUUAUUUCAAAUAUCCGUACGGUGACAUCUUAUGAAAGUAUCGGAAGAUGGGAAAGGAAGAAUUUAAUAGUUUAUCCUCCUCAAAAACCAGGAGAGCCUCGAAGACCUGCAGAAAUUUACCACUGUCGAAGACAUAUUAAAUACAGUAUGGACAAGAUGUGGUACGUGGCCAAGCUGAUACGAGGCAUGAGCAUAGAUGAAGCACUAGCUCAACUAGAAUUCAUCGAUAAAAAGGGAGCAAAAGUGGUCAAAGAGGUUCUUCUAGAAGCUCAAGAGUUGGCAGUGAGAAAACACAAUGUAGAGUUUAAAUCCAACCUACAUAUUGCUCGAUCAUUCUCUGGGAAAGGCUACUACAUAAAAAGGAUCCGCUACCAUGGCAAAGGCAUGUUUGGCAUUAUGGACAAAGUCAGAUGUCAUUACUUUGUGAAACUAGUUGAGGGCCCACCUCCACCUCCAGAGCCACCGAAGACUGGCUUCGAUCAAGCAAAGGAGUACGUGCAGCAGCUUCGUAGCCGAACUAUCAUUAAUACGCUGUAAUAUAUUCCA